AUGACAUUAAGAUAUACAUGCAAUUUUAAAUUCCAAAAAAUAAAACAGAAACAUACCAUAUUUCGCCAAACUUCUGAGGAACUGGUGAAUUCUAAAAUCAGGCUCUUACAGAUUUUUAACCUGUCGUCGCCCCCGCGCCUGGGCUGCGGCCCCCACAGCAGCAGCCGCCUCACUGGUCGUCGCAGCCCUCGCCCGCCGCCUCCGCCCGCCACCGCCUCGUUCCCUUUCGCUGCCGCCACCGCCGGCGCUCAUGCGGGACCCGCGCUUCCUUCUCCGGAGACCGAGACCGGGAAAGGAGGCGCAGGGGCCGCAGAAAACCCUGCGCUCGUCGCCAGCCGCCGCUCCGCCGUUGCCUGUCCGCACCGGGGGGCUACGGAGCCCGCCUGGCCGGGGCUAGGUGCGAGGUGGUCGGAGCACAGCCCCGAAGAGGAGCCGAGAGAGGCGCCGCCGCCCGCGGCCGUGAGCGCCGGGUCGGCAGAGGUGAAGCGCAAGUCGGCGCGGCGGCGGAUGGCGGGCGCCCGAGCCGGCGGAAAGCUACGCGGAGGCGGGGUGCGCGAGCAAGAGAAGGGCGGUGUGUCGAGGUUCCGGCGAAGGGGAGUCAGGCUCUUUCGUCUCCUGCAGUCACCCCGAGCCCAGCGCCACCAUCUUGGGAAAAACGCGGAUCUCGCGGCCGCGGCGCAAGCGGGGAGGACGGCCUGGGCGGGCCGAGUAUCCCGGCAGGCAGCGCGCGCCACCCGGCCGGGCGAGGGCUCCAGGUCUGGACGCACGGACGCGGGGCGGGGCCGGUGUGCGCGCGGGACGGCGCCGCGCUCUGCCCCGCCCCCCACCGCCGCCUCCGCUCCCCUUCAGCUUGCCGUCGUCGGCAGCGCAGGGGCUGUUGGGAAGGGGAAGUAGCUAGCGCCUCCUCGGAGUCCCACCAGGGUUGGUCGCCAUAUUGGCACUGGGAAGUGGGGGCGAUGCUUCUUUUGAGCCACCGUGGUCUGUGGCCCGACAGAAAGCAGGCGGUACACUCCGGAAACCCCCUGGAGCCCUCUGGAGUGUUGGCGAGUCCCGUGGUCUACCCAACCGAGGAACGUGCCUGAACUUGGACGCUCCCGAUUUUGUUGGGGAACGAAUCGGCUCCGAAAUUGCGCCAAGGGGGCUUUGAUAGCUGCCAGCCCCGCGGUCGGGCAGAACACUCCAUAUUCUAGGUCUCCGAUCCCAACCCCUUUACGCCCUGAGCUGCUUUGUAAACAUUGCAGAGGUAGCCCAAGAGUGCGGACCAGCUUUCAGGGGACCAAGGUCAUAUGCUUAGGACUUUUGCCAACACACGAUGUGUCACUAGUUUACAUGAAGGUGAAAGCCUGUCUCCUGCAAUUUUGACCUUCAGUAGGUUGUCGAUAAAGAGAAAGUGGCCCCUUAGUUGACCCCAGCUGGAUACAGGCUAAUUCUGAUCCGUAUGACGACUGAAUCCAUUUAAAGCCGUGCGCCUUCAUAUUUAGCACCAAGGUCACCAUCUUAUUUAAAAGGAUGUUUUUAUGGCUCUGCAACACUUACUAGCAAAUCUGUAAUGGGGUCACUAACAAUUCAUAUCCUUACGGUUUGUGGCUUUUGCUGAUAAGUCCAUAGAAUACCAUAUGAGAUCCCAUUCAUUUAGUAUUGAAACUUUUUAUAUCAACAAUAAUACAUAGCAGUGAAUUUAGCUGUCAUUCUUAGAACAUCUUUUUUAUAUAGUCAUAUAUAUGUGUAUAUAUAUGUAUAUACACAUAUAUAUGUAUAUAUAUGUAUAUACACAUAUAUAUGUAUAUAUAUAUAUAUACUGCUUCCCAACUAAAAAAAAUAAGCUAGUGGAAUUUAAAUUAUUCUAGGACAACUGAUGAUAACAGUAUUAAAUCAUGCCCAAUUUUAACUCAGUUCCUUAUUCUUUUUUCAUUUUCUUCCAUUACAGAUUCUCAUUUGGAAACUUUGCAGUUAUGUUUUAUGGGAGAGAUUAGUUAAAAUCAGUCUCUUAAGGAUUUGUCUUUGCAUAUUUUCAAAAUAGGCAAGUGUAAAUCUUUAAAGACUUUAUUAGAGUAAAGUAAAAUAUUACUACAAUAUCUAGCAUAUGAAGAUUCUUUUAGCGAUUCUACUUCCUCUUAAGUAAAAAUUGUCUGAAUAAUUAAAUGUAAUUUUAUUUUGUAAUAACCUGGUAUAUCAAAUGUGGCAGAAAACCAUGAGUUCCAAGAAAAUUAAAGACAAGAGAAAUAAACCUCUUAAUUAAAUGUCA